GAUUUAGGCCUGGCGUGGGCCCCGAGGCGGGCGGGUCGCGGGAGCGCCCCGGGUCCCCGCGGCCAGGCCAGACGGGGGGAGGGGCAGGAGAGGAGAGGGAAGGCCCGGAGCCCUCGUCCAGGCACCAGACAGGACACUUCCGUGGAAGGGAGCAGUUUCGAGAGACUCGUUUGAUAAGUUGUUCUCUCAGGCCCCGCCUUAUAUUUACGGGACCGUGGACCUCCGCGCGCCCCGUGACCGCGUCGGUUUGGAGGCGCUGCGCCCACUGCCGCCCUCAGAUCCUGCUCUUGGAACAUCCCUGUUGACCGGUCUUGCUGCCUCCUACGCGUUGUUUACUGGGCUUUGAAAAUGGCUGUGGUCAUCCGCCCUUUCCUAGCACUUGAGGCUUCGUGAAAGUUGGGUGAUCUUUACAGAAUGCCAGCAGCCAACAGCAGUUGAAUCGGGAAAGCACAGCGCACGGUUUUGCUCUUUGGAGGCCAUGCUCGCGUUCCUCGGGGCUUGAGCACUGCAGAGGCGCUCCCUCUGAUGUGCGCGUCCCGAAAAAGUUUCGCUUGGAACGUGCACUGUUCCGUGACGCGGCACUACUGCGUUACGGUCGGGUUGGCCCAGUUUUCCACUGAUUAAUGAAUUGCUCUACUCUGUCCCUGAAGGAUCUUCGGAAUUUAAUUUAUUGCAUCAUAAUUUAAUGGAUAUACGUUCAAGAUUGUUGCUGCUUCUGAAUACUGCUUUAAAUAUUUAAGAAUUCAAAAUGGAGCAAGAGCCACAAAAUGGAGAACCUGCUGAAAUUAAGAUCAUCAAGGAAGCAUACAAGAAAGCCUUUUUAUUUGUUAAUAAAGGACUGAAUACAGAUGAAUUAGGUCAGAAGGAAGAAGCAAAGAGCUACUAUAAGCAAGGAAUAGGACAUCUGCUCAGAGGAAUCAGCAUAUCAUCAACAGAGCCUGAACACAUAGGUCCUGGGUGGGAAUCUGCUAGACAGAUGCAACAGAAAAUGAAAGAAACACUACAGAAUGUACGUACCAGGUUGGAAAUUCUGGAGAAGGGUCUUGCCACUUCUCUACGGAAUGAUCUUCAGGAGGUGCCCAAGUUAUAUCCAGAAUUUCCACCUAAAGACAUGUCUGAAAAGUCACCAGAGCCUCAGUCCUUUAGUUCACCUCACCAGCAUGCUGAAGUAAAUGGAAACACUUCAACGACAAGCACAGGGUUGGUUCCUGCACCUAGUUCUUUAUCCAUACCAUCUCAAAGUCAUCCAGCAGAAGCACCUCCUGCUUAUACACCUCAGGCUGCUGAGGGCCACUACACUGUAUCCUAUGGAACAGAAUCUGGGGAAUUUUCGUCAGUUGGAGAAGACUUUUACAGGAAUCAUUCCCAGCCACCUCCUCUUGAAACCUUAGGGCUAGAUGCAGAUGAGUUGAUUUUGAUACCAAAUGGAGUACAGAUUUUUUUUGUAAAUCCUGCAGGGGAGGUUAGUGCACCUUCAUAUCCAGGGUACCUUCGAAUUGUGAGGUUCUUGGAUAAUUCUCUUGAUACUGUUCUAAACCGUCCUCCUGGGUUUCUUCAGGUUUGUGACUGGUUAUAUCCUCUAGUUCCUGAUAGAUCUCCAGUUCUUAAAUGUACUGUGGGGGCCUACAUGUUUCCUGAUACCAUGUUACAAGCAUCAGGAUGUUUUGUGGGGGUCGUCUUGUCUUCUGAAUUACCAGAAGAUGAUAGAGAACUCUUUGAGGAUUUACUAAGACAGAUGUCUGACCUUCGGCUUCAGGCCAACUGGAACCGGGCAGAAGGAGAAAAUGAAUUCCAAAUUCCUGGAAGAGCAAGAUGCUCCUCUGACCAAUUGAAGGAAGCCAGUGGCACUGAUGUGAGACAUUUGGGUCCUUCAUUGGACCAAGACAAUAAGGACAUGCGUCAUAAAGGAAAACGGGGGAAAAAAGCCAAAGACACUUCAAGUGAAGAAGUUAAUCUGAGUCACAUUGUACCCUAUGAGCCAGUUUCAGAAGAAAAAGCAAAGGAAUUACCUGAAUGGAGUGAGAAAGUGGCUCAAAAUAUUUUGUCAGGUGCUUCCUGGGUGAGCUGGGGUUUGGUCAAAGGUGCUGAAUUUACUGGCAAAGCAAUCCAGAAAGGCGCUUCUAAACUCCGUGAACGGAUUCAACCAGAAGAAAAACCAGUGGAAGUUAGUCCAGCUGUGACCAGGGGACUUUAUAUAGCAAAGCAGGCUACAGGAGGAGCAGCGAAAGUCAGUCAGUUCCUGGUUGAUGGAGUUUGCACUGUAGCAAAUUGUGUUGGAAAGGAACUAGCUCCACAUGUCAAGAAGCAUGGAAGCAAACUUGUUCCAGAAUCUCUUAAAAAAGACAGAAAUGGAAAGUCUACCUUGGAUGGUGCUAUGGUUGUAGCAGCAAGUAGUGUUCAAGGAUUUUCAACUGUCUGGCAGGGAUUGGAAUGUGCAGCCAAAUGUAUUGUUAAUAAUGUUUCAGCAGAAACUGUUCAAACUGUCAGAUACAAAUAUGGGCAUACUGCAGGAGAAGCUACACAUGAUGCAGUAGAUUCUGCCAUCAAUGUUGGUGUAACUGCCUAUAAUAUUGAUAACAUUGGUAUCAAAGCAAUGGUGAAGAAAACUGCAAAAGAAACAGGACAGACACUCCUGGAAGACUAUAAAAUAGUUGAUAAUUCUAAGGGGAGUAAUCAAGAAGGAAGAGCAAAUGUAAACAUGAAAAGGGAGACGGGUGAGCAGACAAAGGACCUAGAGAAGAGUGAGGCAAAGAAGAAAGAGAAAUGAUGGAAGUGCUGUGAAUCACCUAUACCAAAGCCUUACAAGGUGGAUGCAUUUUUGUUAAAUAGGCAAAUGUGGAAUUCCCCACAGAUUAACCAGUGUUUUAAAAAUGUAUUCAUUCCUAUGAAGUGACUAUUUCAUAAGCUUUAUAGCAUGUAUUCUGCUUACAAGGAGAAGAAUCAGUAUUCUUGCAUUUGGCCUUUAGAAAUAUAGGGUUAUAUUCUCAUUAAGUUUAUUUUUUCUAAAUGUGGCUAAAAUAUUUUUGCAGUUAAAAUAAGACUAAUAAUACAUGUGCUAUAAACCUCAUUAAACCUAAUGUUAAGCUAUUUUUGUAUUUGCUGUCUUUCAAAAAGCAAGAUAGGAAAUUAUAUAUUUACAUAAAAUUUGGCAUUUAGUAACCUUAGCUCUAGUUGUACUUGGAAGGAAUUAAAAUAUUGUCUCCUGGUUUUGCACUAAUUGUGGAUUUCUUUUUCUAGGUGCUUGUCAAUUUUCAGUAUAUAAGCUAAAAACAACUAUAAUCCUAAACUAAAAUAAUUCUCAGAUAACAUUUAAGACUUUUUCAAUACAGGGAAUAGGCUAAUCAUGGAAAAUAAGAUGAAGUCUAUAGAAUUAUUUGGUAGCUUAUCUCUUUAUUCAGAAGUGGAAUGGUCUUUCUGAUUUAGAAUGAAUACAAAGAGAUUUUCAAGUCUUCUGGAUUUAAAUUGGUAUUGAUCUAGGAGCCUAGGAAAUUUUGGUAUAUGAUAAUGUAUUAAAAUUUGAAGUGAUUAUCAUCACUUGAAUUGGACAAAAAAGUACUUUAAGAAAUCGCUUUACCAUAUCUACUUUAUUUCAGAAGGCUUAAAUAUUUAUUAAAAAUAUGAACAAUUUUUUGAAUGGUAAAUAUAUUUUUAUUUUGGGAUUUAGUCAUUGGGAUUUUAUAUGGUAAAACCAACAAAUUAUUAGAAAAAGCUCUAUUUACAGUCAUGGUAAAGAAUGUGAAGACUUUAGGCUUAAUCCAUGGUGGGUGAGGUAUAAUAGUUUCCACUCUGGCAGAAGACAGGACAUUCACAGACCUAUAAGGUACAAAUACAUAAGUAAAUACCUAGUGGCAUUUUAUUUUUGUUUACUGAUUUUAAAUGAUUGGUAUUGAUUUUCAUAGCUGUUGUCCAUUCUAAUAUUUCUGAACCUUUAAUGGCUGCUAGUUUAUUAGACUUCAUUCAAAACUAUCUUUAAAGUGCUCUUUAUGAAUAAAUUGUUUCUGAAUUACUUGGCCUCAAAUGUAUUCACGGGAUUUAUUUUGGGAACACUUAGAAUUGAUGGAUCCUUUCUCUAAGGCCAGGGAUAAUGUGGAAAUAAAAUUGAAUUGGUAAAUAGCUUCUAUUUAGUCUCUGCCUUAAGUUUGAGAUGUGGAAUGACAAAUAGUGGAUGCUAAAGUUUACAAAGUUAUAGCAGAGGUCAGCAAAAUUGAUUUGUCACAAUUGUAUUUGUUAAAUUUGUAUUUAGUUGUCCGUUUCACUUCAUUCUGCUCUGCUCACUUGGUGGUGGGUUUCUUUUUCAGAUUAAUAUAAACACAAUCAUAAUAUCUUCUAUAUUAGAGUGUUCCAGAACCAUCAGAGUAUAUGAGAUAAAUAUACACGUGCACACACACGUGUGUAUAAAGAGAUUCAUUACAAGGAAUUGACUCACAAAAUUGUGGAGGCUGAGAAUAAUUCCUAAGGUAGCCAUUCAGUUAGCUACAGACCCAGGAGAGCUGAUGUGUUGUUGUUUUAGUACAAGUCUGAAGGGCCAAGAACUAGGUGAACUUGUUGGUAUAAGUUCCAAUCUGAAAGCCUGCAGCCUCCAGACCCAAGAAGAGCCCAUUUCAGUCUGAGUAUAAAGGCCAGAAAAGACUAGUAUACCAACUGAAAAAGGCAGGAGGAGUUCCUUCUUACCUUUUUUGUUGUAUUCAAGUCUUCAAUUGAUUGGAUGAGGUCCACUGCCUUUGGGAGGGCAAUCUGUUUUACUAGGUGUACUGAUUGAAAUGUUAAUGUUAAUCUCAUCCAGAAACACCCUCGCAGACACCUCCAAAAUAUACCAAGUAUGUGUAUACCCUGUGGCCCAGCGAAACUGAAAAAAUCACAGCUGCUUAGCCCAGUUUUCACUGUAUAGUGUAUACUUUUACCAAGCUCUGCUUGGCUCUUUGAUACUCAAUAGAUACAGUGUAUAAAAGAACAGUACUCAAUAUUGACUGCUACCAGGGUUUUUCCUCCUUUUGCCUCUACAGACUGUCCCUCCCUCAUGCUAUAUGGGGUAGUUUCCUGGGAGUACCUCCAGGCACCAGCUGUCUAGAAAUAAUCAUAGCUAAUGUCUAUGUAGUGCUUACUGUGAACCAUUAAUGUUCUAAGUGCUUUUAUGUAGGCUAAUUCAUUUUAACCUCAUAACAUUCACACACUAUUGCAACCUUCAUUUUACGGAAUAGGAAGCAGAUACAGUGAGGUUAAGUGAGGUUACUGUUUAUUUGGAUCUUUUCUAAGAAAAGAGAAGAGUAUGAAAGGAAAGAGGUCAUAGACUAGCCUCAAAAAGGAGGGACCUACACAGUAGAGUGAUUGUUAGGCCAGACAUUUUUCUUAAACAGAGGUAGAUAAGGACAAAUGGCAUUUAUAGAUAACCUUUGCUUCCAGCUGCUUAACGCUAGUUUCUCUUUUUAUUACCAUUCCACUGGUUUUGUAGUUGGUAGAAAAUUGCCCAAGUUAGUAGCAAAUAGGUCAUAAGUCUUAGAUUUGGUGAUUGUGUGAGCUUUUGUCUUUUUCUCUAUAUUCAUAGGUAUUUUAGGGCAAGUUAAGAAAAGUGAAGCUUAGGGCUUGUUAAGCAGAAAUCAUUUUAUAUUUCAUUUUUUCGGUAAGCCUGAAUAAAGCUCUACUUAAACAGAAA